CUCUCCUGCUAUGUCUUGUCCUGAUAUGCUUUCUGGUAUUCUAGUUUUCCUUAAACAUAGCAAAGCCACAUCUAACAACAUUUUCUCAAUUUUCUGUUGAUCCUUUUGUCAUUUUCUACCUCUUCAAUCUAAGGGAGGUUUCAGUCCAUGCAUGUAUAUCACUCUAAAAAUAUUUGAAUAAUCACUUCAACAAUGAGAGAUAUACAUACGGAUAAUUACUGUAGUUCACCAAGAACACCAAAUGCUCGGCUAAGAAGACGCUCAAAUGAGAUUCCUCUGGAGAUAAGCAAAUCAAAUGGAAACCAUCUACUUAUCAAUGAUAAAUAUAAAUACAGAUCAAUGUGGAUUCGUGCAUACUCAUCUUUGUGGAUGCUAGCGAGUGUCUCACUUAUCAUAUACAUGGGUCAUCUUUACAUCUGGGCCAUGGUGGUUAUUAUCCAAAUAUUUAUGGCCAGUGAGCUCUUCAAUCUCCUGAGAAGAGCUAAUCAAGAUAAACGUCUCCCUAAGAUUAAGCUUUUGAACUGGCAUUUUUUCUUCACAGCAAUGCUAUACGUAUAUGGCCGUAUUCUCAGUCAACACCUUGUGAAUACAGUGAUCUCAGAUAAAUUCUUCUUUAGACUUGUGAGCAUCCUGAUCAAGUAUCAGAUGGCUAUAUGUUACUUCUUAUAUAUUGCAGGUUUUGUUUGGUUUAUUCUUUCCUUGAAGAAGAGAUAUUACAAGUAUCAGUUUGGCCAGUAUGCAUGGACACAUAUGAUACUUAUUGUUGUGUUUACCCAGUCUGCAUUCACGGUAGCCAAUAUAUUUGAAGGGAUAUUCUGGUUUAUUUUCCCUGCGUCCCUUAUUGCUAUGAAUGACGUUGCUGCAUAUUUCUUCGGUUUCUUUUUCGGCAAAACCCCUCUGAUAAAGCUUUCUCCAAAGAAAACAUGGGAAGGUUUCAUUGGAGCAUCUGUUGCAACUAUGAUUGCUGCAUUUACAUUUGCAAACUUCUUGGGUCGCUUCCAGUGGCUAACAUGUCCAAGAAAGGAUUUAUCAACUGGUUGGCUUCAGUGUGACCCUGAUCCAAUUUUUCAGCCAGAGUCUAUUCCAUUGCCAGCAUUGAUUUCUCAUUGGCUUUCUUGGAAAGAGAUAGCGGUUUUGCCAGUACAGUGGCAUGCCUUGUGCAUGGGACUAUUUGCUUCAAUCAUAGCACCAUUUGGAGGAUUUUUUGCCAGUGGUUUCAAAAGAGCUUUUAAAAUCAAAGACUUUGGUGACAGUAUACCUGGACACGGUGGAUUUACAGAUAGAAUGGACUGCCAGAUGGUAAUGGCUGUUUUUGUGUACAUUUAUCAUCAAUCGUUUGUUGCCGCCCAAGACUAUUCAGUUGAGAUGUUUUUGAACCAGAUAAUGAGGAACCUUCAUUCAGAGGAGCAGCUAGUUCUAUACAAAAAACUGGGGCAGAUAUUGCAAGAAAGGCAUUUUAUCCAAUCAUGACAAGUUUGCUAUACACUUAAUAAAACAUGCUUCAAUUGGUGUUAUAUUUGUAGAUGAAUUGAACAAUCUGUUGGAACAAGUGGUGGAGAUUAGUAAAGAAUUUUUUUAGACUUAUUUUUUAGCUGCUGAACUAAAUUAACUAUAGAAUGUAGCAAUCUUUGUAUGUGGCAUUGCUUCUUUCCCUUUAGGGCUUUACAU